AAAUACAAAUAUCAGAACAUCAUAUCAGCCUACAUACCAGUGGUCAGUGUACUGGCAAGUGUAUUGGCAAGCAAACCCUUGUUGAUCCAUAAAGAAUAGAUGCGUAUGGGAUAGCUGCGUUUCUUCUCGCGAGAGUUUCUUUGAGUAGCCCACCCCUUUUCCCUUUUCCCCCCAUUCGUGGAAGAGCUUUAUCAGUGGCAGUCUCCCCCUGUCGUCAUAACAGCAUAAUACGGCUCUGACACUACCUCCACUCAAUACCGAGAGAGAGAGGGGCACAAUAAACAGAAGGCAUCUGUGUCUGACAUCGAGGCAGCGAAGACCGUAAUUUAAACCGCGCGUCUUCGCUCCCCAACUAGAAACCCUCCUCACCCCAUGAACGGUGCCGGUGACACGGGGUUUAACGUCCUCUAAAGACGGUGACAGGGCGAGGAGGGAAGGUUGCCUUCCGGGGGAUUCAGCGAAGCAGCAGCUGAAGCAGGGUUGAUUUGGUUUUGACCACUGGAGGACCCACCACUAACUAGCUGGAUCUGAGGGACUCCAGACAGAACAGAGACCACACACCUCCGACUACCUAACGUCAGAACCAAGAAGUAAACAAUCAGCAAACAACAACAACAGCGCCAUGCAUACCUCCAUCGUCUUCCUCCUCCCCUUCUUCCUCCUCUCUCUCCUCGCCUCCUCUUCUUCUUCCCAGAGUGACUCUCCGGAACUCAUUGUCUCCAUGCGGGCAGGACGUGUCCGCGGUGUCCGCCUACCGACGCCGGACCGGAGUCACGUGACCGCUUUCCUCGGAAUCCCAUUCGCGGAGCCCCCACUGGGCAAGAAGCGCUUCCGAAAGGCGGAGCCCAAGAAGCCAUGGUCGGACCUGUUCGAAGCAAGCUCCUACCCCAACGCCUGCUACCAGUUCGUUGACACCUCUUUCCCCGGGUUCCAGGGAACCGAGAUGUGGAACCCCAACAGGGAGAUGAGCGAGGACUGCCUCUACCUCAAUAUCUGGGUCCCCACCUCCCCCAGACCUCACAACCUCACCGUGAUGGUAUGGAUCUACGGAGGAGGGUUCUACAGCGGAUCAUCGUCCCUGGACGUGUACGACGGGCGCUACCUGGCUCACUCGGAGAAGGUGGUGGUGGUCUCCAUGAACUACCGUAUCGGGGCCUUUGGGUUCCUGGCUCUCCACGGCUCCUCAGAGGCCCCUGGGAACGUGGGGCUCUUAGACCAACGCAUGGCCCUCCAGUGGGUCCAGGAUAACAUACACUUAUUCGGGGGCAACCCCAAACAGGUGACCAUCUUUGGGGAGAGUGCCGGAGCAGUCUCUGUUGGGAUGCACCUCCUGUCUCCCGACAGUCGACCCACCUUCACCCGAGCCAUCCUCCAGAGUGGAGCCCCCAACUGCCCCUGGGCCACUGUUACGCCAACUGAAGCCCACCGGAGGGCCGUCAUGUUGGGGAAGCUCGUCGGCUGCCCCUCUGGGGGUAACGAUACGGAGCUGGUGGACUGUCUUCGCAACAAGUCCCCGCAGGAGCUCAUUGACCAGGAGUGGCAGGUCAUGCCGUGGUCUGCCAUCUUCCGUUUCUCCUUUGUGCCCGUCAUCGACGGUGUGGUCCUUCCAGACAACCCCGAGGCCAUGCUCAGCUCAGGCAACUUCAAGGACACCCAAAUCCUGCUGGGGGUCAACCAGGACGAGGGGUCCUUCUUCCUCCUCUAUGGAGCCCCCGGCUUCAGCAAGGACAAUGAGUCACUGAUCUCGCGCGAGGACUUCCUGGAAAGCGUGAAACUGAGCGUUCCGCAUGCCAAUGAGAUCGGCCAGGAGGCUGUCGUUCUGCAGUAUACUGACUGGUUUGAUGAGAACAACGGGGUAAAGAACCGUGAUGCCCUGGACGAUGUGGUCGGAGACCAUAAUGUCAUCUGCCCCCUGCAGCACUUCGCCAGGAGCUAUGCCCAGUUUCACUCUAACCAGGGUGCCAACAAUGGGCAACAAGCGGGCAACGCAGGGGCCAUGACGAAGGAUGGGAACUCACAAGGUGGAGUGUACCUGUACCUGUUUGACCACCGUGCGUCUAACCUGGCGUGGCCUGAGUGGAUGGGCGUUAUCCAUGGUUACGAGAUAGAGUUUGUGUUCGGCAUGCCGCUUGAGAAGAGACUGAACUACACAGCCGAGGAGGAGAAACUGAGCCGACGCAUGAUGAGAUACUGGGCCAACUUCGCACGCACCGGUAACCCCAAUAUCAACUUUGAUGGCAGUGUGGACAACAGGCGGAAGUGGCCCCAGUUCACCAACAGUGAGCAAAAACACGUGGGUCUGAACACGGAAUCCCUGAAGAUCCACAAGGGCCUGCGGAACCAGCUGUGUGCAUUCUGGAACCGCUUCCUGCCACGCCUCCUCAACAUCACCGAUAACAUAGAUGAGGCGGAGCGUCAGUGGAAGGUGGAGUUCCAUCGUUGGUCCUCCUACAUGAUGCACUGGAAGAGCCAGUUCGACCAUUACAGCAAGCAGGAGCGCUGCACUGACCUCUGAGGAGAGAGAGAAAGAGAUAAUGAACACCUUGUCCUUCCAUAGUUUCCUACAUUUCUUCAUGUGAUAUGAUUUGUUAAAGGCUUGCAAUUUAACUCAAUGUAGGCCAAACAGUGGAUUCCUUUCCCCCACAAAAUCACAUUUACUGUAUCACAAAUCAUAGUUUCUGCGUGGUUUUUUGUUGUUUCCAUUGCAGAUGUUUGGCUGCCUAAGACACGUCCAUAAGCCGACAAUUUAUCAGCAUCAAAUGUAUUAUGGAAGGAGGUGGUCAUUGAUGAAGGCUGUGAAAAGGUGAACAUUUCAAAGGUGUGUCAUUACAGUACCUCUGAAGACUGUGUGAGUGUGUGUGUGUGUGUAUGCAUGCAUGCAGCCGUGGGCAUGCGUGUGUGUGUGCGCGGAAGUGUGGUACGACUGAACCUCUGUGUUCCACAUCACUCUUAUAUUUUUUUUACUUCACUUUAUUAUUUUCCAGUUGAUACAAAUCUCGCUAUCUGCUUAUUUUGAAUGAUCUUUAUUUAAAACAGCUAUUAUGACCACUGUUCCACUGUCUAACCAUGUAUCCGUUCACUUGUCAUUCGUCUAUCUCGUAUAUCGGUCCUUCCCCCCCGUUCUUCUAUCCUUCUUUCUUUCUCCUUGACUGUAUUGGUUAGGUGAUCUGUUGUUGUAUCUGUGUAGUGUCUUCUCCUGUGUCUCAAAUGACACCCUAUUCCCUGUAUAGUGCACUACUAAGCUCUGGUUGAAAGUAGUGCACUCCAUGUGGAAAAGGGUGGGAUUCAGAAAUACAAUCUGUGUCUGUGUAGCGUCUUCUUUUGCAUGUCAAAUUACACCCUAUUCCCUACAUAGUGCACUACUAAGCUCUGGUCGAAAGUAGUACAUGGAAUAGGGUGGGAUUUGGGAUGUAUUCUGGGUGGGUCCAAACCUAAAACCUCAGAUCAUUUAUUAUAGGAAUCUGGAGCCAUGUAAAUCCCUGUGUGCUGGGUUAGAAAAGAACUACACUGAAAAAAAAAACUAUUAGACUGUGUGUGUGUGUGUUACACUACAUGGAUAUAAACAGACAAGUGCAUACAAAGUUCAUACAAACACACUAUCGCUCUCACACACACACACCGAAACACACACACCUACCAAAACACACAGAGUGGAUUGAAAAACGUGCACGGAGGACCAAUUCUCACAAGUCCAGCGAUCAACAAGAUAGACAUGUAGUCAUGUUAUAUGUCACACAUGUCUAUCUUGUUCAUCGCUGAACUUCAUCGCUGAACUCUGUGCACGUUUCUCAAUCCACUCUGUGUGUUUCGGUGUGUGAGAGAGCGAUAGUGUUUGUAUGCACUUGUCAGUAUAUAUCCACAUACCUCUGUCAAUCACCUAUAUGUAGCCAAGCACUUGUGAAUUUUAGUCACACCCACUGUUGUUUGUUCUAGCGUCAGAAUGCAGUAAAGUAUUAUAUUUUGUGGGCGUGAGAGUGUGUGUGUGUGCAUACUACUAAUAUUAUCUCCGUGCCAACGGGUCGAUGUGUCUCGCUCCCCUACAUCUCUCUCUUUUGUCCUAUCCAUCUCUCUCUCCACCUUCCCCUCCAUCUCUCUCUCCUCCAUCUCUCCAUGUCCCCAGAGGACGCACAGUUCUCGUUAGUCUAAUGGAGACUGAAGUAAUUCACUCAGUGUGUGUCUGUCGGUGUGUGUGUAAUUCAGUGCUCCAGUGAAACGACAGGAUGCUGCGUCAGCCAUUCGCUGGCUAUGAGACUGACAGGCCUGGCUGGGCUGUACUGCACUGCUGCAGUGGCUGAUGGAGAGAGAGGGAGGAGGGUGAGAGAGGGGCGAGAGAUGGAGAGCAUGGGUAGGAGAGAUGGAGGGGAAUGAGAGAUGGAGCAAGGGUGAGUGGGAAAUGGAGAGAGAGAGGGUAAAGAUAAAAAGAGAGGGGAAGAUGGAGGGAAAAAAGAAAACAGGGUUACGUACUCCACUCUUGUCUAUACUAAGGUUAUUUAUCAUUAAUGUGACAUAUACGUACAAUAUGUGUGGGUAUCUAUUACUCUUUUUCAGUGUUUUAUUUUGCAGUUGCAUUCUUCAGGUUUAAACCAACUACAGAUGUCAGAGUAUAAGUGUCUGGAGUGUUUAUCGAUCACUUCCCUAUCUGUUGAGAUUGUUCCGAGUUUGGCUGCUCUAGUAGAGACUUUGACAUGAUAAAUCCGUCCGUCUGUCUAUCUGUCUUUGUGUGUUCUCUGUAUGUGUGUCUAAUUGUCUGUCACUGUGAGUCUACCGUUUGUUGGCUUGUUUGUCCAUCGGUGUCCACCUCUGUCUCUCUGUGUCUGCUUGUGUUUGUCUACUUGUCUGUGUGUCCAUCUGCCCAUCUCUAUACAGUUUUUGCAUGGUGUCAUACUUUUGUGAUGUCAUAGGUGUAAUGUCAUAUUUAUUUGAACUUGCGUUUGUUGACAUUGUGGAAGGGAUCAGGAUCAGCCUUGUGAUUGAUCAGUGGGUCUUUCAGCGAAUCAUUAUGAUUGGUUUAUUCACCGGCAUGUACAACUCCUAUUUGACGACUGGAGUAGAGUAGUCUAGCUUUAAAAAAAUAUAUAUAUAAAAUUUAAAAAAGUCAGACUAUCUGUAAUUAUUUAGGUACUGGGUACGUCCCAAAUGGCACACUAUUCCCUACAUAGUGCAUUACUUUUGAUCAGGGCCCAAAGGGCUCUGGUC